AUGCCCCAAAAUCCGAUUCUUGAACUAGAAAUUUUUGAUGUUUGGGCAAUUGACUUCAUGGGCCCUUUCAUCUCAUCCCAAGGAAACCGGCACAUUCUAGUUGCCGUUGAUUAUGUUUCCAAGUGGGCGGAAGCCGUGGCAUCUCCCACCAACGACUCAAAGGUGGUCAUCAAUUUGUUCAAGAAAGUCAUCUUCCCAAGAUUCGGUGUUCCUAAGGUAAUCAUAAGUGAUGGAGGCUCACACUUCAAGCACCAUACAUUCAACAAGCUUCUUUCAAAGUAUGGUGUAUCGCACAAGCGAGGCCUUGCUUACCACCCCCAAACAAGUGGUCAAGCGGAGGUCACAAAUAGGGAGUUGAAAGUCAUCUUGGAGAAGACCGUUGCUAGAACAAGGAAGGAUUGGUCUAGUAAGCUCAUUGAUUCAUUGUGGGCAUAUAAGACCGCCUUCAAGACUCUUAUAGGGACUACCCCCUAUAAGCUUGUUUAUGGGAAGAAUUGCCAUUUACCCGUAGAGAUGGAGCACCGAACGCAUUGGGCAAUCAAGCAAAUCAACUUUGAUCUCCAUAGUGCGGGUGAGCAAAGACUUCUAGAGCUUCAUGAGUUGGAAGAGUUGAGAAUGAACGCCUAUGAUAGUGCAAGCCUCUACAAAGCAAGAACCAAGGCAUGGCACGACACUCAAAUUUUCCAAGAAGGAAUUUGUGGAAGGACAAAAUGUCCUACUCUACAAUUCAAGACUCAAGUUGUUCCCCGGGAAAUUGAGUUCCAGAUGGAGCGGUCCAUUUCAAGUAUCCAAAGUCUUUCCUUAUGGAUCAGUUGA